AUGAGGAAACACGUCAUCAUGACGCUGCUGGACACGGAGCAGUCCUACGUGGAGUCCUUGCGCACCUUGAUGCAGGGUUACAUGAAGCCGCUGAAGCAACCGGAGAACUCGCUGUUGUGUGACCCAUCGCUGGUGGAUGAGAUCUUCGACCAGAUCCCCGAGCUGCUGGAGCACCACGAGCAGUUCCUGGAGCAGAUCCAUGACUGCGUGCAGAACUGGCACGAGAAGCAGAAAGUAGGCGACCUCCUCGUGCAGUCGUUCUCCAAGGAUGUGCUGGUGAACAUCUACUCUGCCUACAUCGAUAACUUCCUCAACGCCAAGGAUGCCGUCAGGAUCGCCAAGGAAGCCCGGCCGGCGUUCAUGAAGUUCCUGGAGCAAAGCAUGCGGGAGAACAAGGAGAAGCAGGCUCUGUCCGACCUGAUGAUCAAGCCGGUGCAGAGGAUCCCGCGAUACGAGCUGCUGGUGAAGGACCUGCUGAAGCACACGCCAGAGGACCACCCCGACCACCCUUUCCUCAUCGAUGCCCAGCGGAACAUCAAGCAAGUGGCCGAGAGGAUCAACAAGGGCAUGAAGAGCGCGGAGGAGGUGGAGAGGAAUGCCCGGAUCGUGCAGGAGAUUGAGUCCCACAUCGAAGGGAUGGAGGACCUCCAAGCCCCGCUCCGAAGGUUUCUGCGCCAGGAGAUGGUCGUGGAAGUGAAGGCGGUGGGUGGGAAGAAGGACCGUUCCUUCUUCCUCUUCACGGACCUGCUGGUGUGCACGACGUUGAAGCGCAAGUCGGGCUCCCUCCGCCGCAGCUCCAUGAGCCUGUACACAGCAGCCAGCGUGAUCGACACCGCCAGCAAGUACAAACUACUCUGGAAGCUGCCGCUGGAGGACGUGGACAUCGUCAAAGGUGCCUCGCAAGCCACCAACAGGGAGAGCAUCCAGAAAAGCAUCUGCCGCCUGGAUGAAGACCUCAGCACACUGGGGCAAGUCAGCAAGCUGUCGGAGACCCUCAGCUUCCCCCACCAGAGCCUGGAUGACGUGAUCAAGGACCUGAUGGCCGCCAUCCACCGGGAGCUGGCGGAGAAGCAAUCCCUGUCCUUCAGCAUGGCCUUCCCCCCCAACAAGGUGGAGCUCAGCACCACCAAAGCUGAUGGCACUGAGUCCUUCAUCUUUGAGUUUCCCAACCCCGAUGCCCGGCUCGGCUUUGAGCAAGCCUUCGAGGAUGCCAAGAAGAAGCUGGCUUCCAGCAAAAACUGCCUGGACCCGGAGUUCCUCAAGGCCAUUCCCAUCAUGAAGACACGGAGCGGGAUGCAGUUUUCUUGUGCUUCUCCAAGCCACGGCAGCCCGGAAAGUUCCCACGAAGUUUGGGUUUGCAACAGCGACGGUUACGUGGGGCAGGUUUGUUUGCUCAGCAUCCGUAAGGAGCCCACGGUGGAGGCGUGCAUCGCCGUUUGCUCCGCCAGGAUCCUCUGCAUCGCCUCCGUGCCUGGUCUCAAGCGGGCGGAGCGUGCCGAGAAAAAAAAUGACGCGUGGGGCAGCCCCUCCUGGGAGCCGAUGCCGGCGCAGCCGGAUGAUGCGGGGCCACAGCCGUGCCUGCACAUCUCCAUCUCGGGUUCGUCGCUGGAGCUCUCGGAGCCGGUCGACGGUGGCAACAGGGAGCUGGUGCCCUUCGAUAGCGAUGACACGGAUGAUGAGUCCUCGCCCAGUCCGUCAGGGACACUGCAGAGCCAAGCCAGCCACUCCACCAUCUCCUCCAGCUUCGGCAAUGAAGAGAUCCCGAGCUGCAAGGAGGCAACGGCAGAGACAACGAGCUCGGAGGAAGAGCAAGAACCCGGCUUCAUGCCCAUCACCGGCACCUACAGCCAAAACCGGCACGGCGAAAGCCCCACAGACGGGCGAGCCCUGCGCCGCUCCAGCCGUGGCUCCUUCACCCGGGGCAGCCUCGAGGACCUCCUCAGCCUUGACCCUGAAGCCCAUCAGAGCUCCAUGUGGUUGGGCACUGAGGAUGGCUGCAUCCACGUGUACCAGUCCUCGGACAACAUCCGUAACAGGAAGAACAGCAUGAAGAUGCAACAUGCCGCAGCUGUCAUGUGCAUCUUGUACCUCGAUAACCAGGUUUUUGUGUCGUUGGCCAAUGGGGAGCUCAUUGCGUACCAGCGGGAGGCAGGGCGCUUCUGGGACCCCCAAAACUCCAAGUCCCUGUCCCUGGGCUCGCCUGGAAGCCCCAUCACCAAGAUGGUGGCGGUGGCAGGGAAGCUCUGGUGCGGCUGCCAAAACCGGGUCAUCGUCCUCAACACCGCCACGCUGGCGCAAGAGCACACGCUCCAGGUGGGACAGGACGGCGGGCGCAGCGUCACCUGCAUGGUGAGCGCGGGGACCGGCGUGUGGGUCGCGCUGCAGAGCAGCGCCCAGGUCCGGCUUUACCACGCCACCAGCUACGAGCAGUUGGCCGAAGCGGAUAUCACCCCCCCGGUACACAAGAUGCUCGCCGGCUCGGAUGCCAUCAUCCGGCAGCACAAGGCGGCCUGCCUGCGGAUCACGGCUCUCCUGGCGUGCAAGGAUUUGCUGUGGAUCGGGACCAGCGCCGGCGUGGUGCUGACCCUCGCCGUCUCGGCCAAGGCGGCCCCGGCGUUG